ACCAAUCUAACGACACAGACCCAGAAAGCUCCUCUCUCUUUCUUCUCCACUCUUCGUCUCCCUCAGUCAGUCCGCUCCAAAUUCGCUCUCUCUGUUCACCUAAACCACAAUUCACCCUUUCCAUCAUUACCCAUUAGAAAAUUGACAGUUCACAUGGGAAGAAAAAGAGGUAAGAAAACUGUACAGAAAGUCGCUGAGGAAAUUGAGCCCCAGAAUGAGAGGCAGGAAGAUCAGUUUACGGACCCAGAUGUUGAGCGACGAAUUUCUGCCGUUAAGGCUAUUAGUGACGUGGAGAUUGAACACGUGCUGACCAAAUUGCGUUUGCUUCGCUCGUAUUGCACCAAGGAGCAGCGGCAAACACCUGUUUUGCAAUUUUUUAAAGAAAAUUUUCCGAAUUUGAAAUUUGUAAAAAAUGAAGAAAAUGGACAUCUAGAACUUGAGUGGAUUGGUGACGAUGGCAAAGUAUCCAUGAAUGAUGGAACAGAUUUACAUUUAUCUCUUCUUAACCAGUUCUCUAUGGCUCAUUCUGGUUGCCAAACUUUGGGUGGCUUUGAGUUUUCUAGUAAAGCAGAGAGAUCAAGGUUUUUGGGUGCUGAUAAUCUGCAGAUCAGAGAUUUUGUUUUAGAGGAGCCAUUUGACACUCAGAUGCUAGGGCAGCAUGAUUCUCUCCAAACUCCCGGGGUUAGUAGCCAGAGGCUAUCUAUUGGGGUCACACCCAAAACGCGAAGGCUCCCAAAGCCUGGGGAGACCCUUUUAUCUGUCCAUGGAUCCCCCCUUGGUGUUUACAAGGAAGAUGAUAUGGAAGCCAUAAAUGUUUACCUGUUACACCCUAUAGGACAUCGUGGUGCAUGUACCUUGCAGAUGUGAAAUGGAUGGGGACUAAUGUUAUGUACGGGACGGUAUAAUGUCCCUUAAACUAGAAAAUUUCAUC